UUUCCUCAUUAUUUCACAAGGAGCGAAUCGUGUUGAAGAAGCUCGAGCAAUGGCGGAAAAGCUAACCGAGGAGCAGAUCUCUGAGUUCAAGGAGGCCUUCAGCCUCUUCGACAAAGACGGCGAUGGAUGCAUUACCACCAAGGAAUUGGGUACUGUGAUGAGAUCCUUAGGUCAAAACCCUACUGAAGCUGAACUGCGGGAUAUGAUAGAUGAGGUUGAUGCUGAUCGAAAUGGGACAAUUGAUUUUUCAGAGUUCUUGAAUCUGAUGGCUCGAAAAAUGAAAGACACUGAUUCUGAGGAGGAACUCAGGGAGGCUUUCAAGGUUUUCGACAAGGACCAAAAUGGUUUCAUCUCUGCUGCAGAGGUAAAGUGA